AUGCCAACCCACACUGCUAACAAGUCAAAGGGCAAAGCAACCACCCGGCGCCACUCCUAUGACACCAGCCAAGGCGCCUUGCCUGCCCCCAAAUGGGCCCAUACUGCUGAUUGGAGCAAUGAUCUGGGCACAGAUGGGAACUCUGCCGAGUACCAUCUUGUGCAGUGGCUCAUUAUGCGCAGUGGGGCUUCCAUGAGAAGCGAUUGGGACCGCUGGAGGAAAUCACCCAAAGGCGGCAAUGGGGGUUGGGCCAACCUUCACCAAGGUGCGAUUUGGUACCUUGAGGAGAAGGGCUGCUCCAGCCAGCGGAAGCCCGAGACUGUCAAGACAAAGAUCACCUCAUUGAGAACAAGUUACAUCGACGCCUGGCAGUUUAAGACCAGCACUGGAGCUGGAUGGCUUAAUGAGGAGGAGCGUGACAGUGAAUUGCAAUCAGCCAUCUACCUCUGCCAGUCUAGAACCUCAUUGUCCAACAUAUUCUUGGGAAAAAAGGAUGAUGACAUUGAGGACAUCAAGGAAGAGGAUGACGACAAGGAGGACAAGGAUGGCGCGGACGGGGACAGGGCCAACAACAGGGAUGGGGAGGAGGAUGACAAUGAUGAUGAGGAUGGGGAUGGAGAGGAACACCCUCCAAAUGCUGGGAUGGCUGCGGACAAUGAGAUAAAGGGCCUCGAGAAGGGUGCCAAGGAGCACACCCAGCGCCACCACAAUGAGAUGUUACUGGUUGAGAAGGAGAAGAUGAAGACUGAGAAGGAGAGGAUGAUGGCGAGAAAGAGAGGGUCGAGAUUGAGAAGAAGAAGGCGGAGCAAGAGGUGUUGGUCUCCAAACUAG